CCCCCAAAUGAUCCAACCUUAAAGCGGCUAAGCGUCGGGCUAACUACGGCUACUCGCUCCGGUAAAAGUUGAAGAACACGCAAUAAAGAUAGCUAACCGAAAGCUCUCCGGUAAAAGCCCUGCCGUUUUGUUUUCAUCUCGGUGCAUCCCCGCGGCGUCGCCCCGGCUUGCCCAGUUGCAGUGUCCGAUCGAUGUUGAAUUGAACAAAGAGGAUCAAUUUCUGAUCAGCGAGAGAGCCACUUUCAUCAAUGUGAGGAAGAGGUCUUGAAUUCUCUUCCGAAACACCUACGAGGCGACCGCGGAAAAAACACAAAACACAGCGGCCGAGAGAGGCAAAGCGUCCGAAGAGAAUAGUGGAGAGACGGUUAAAACAGAGGUUGUACUGACCUGUAGUUGUUGUAAGUCAAAGCGCUUCCAAUAUUGAAACAUCGAUCCUGCAUUGGCCGCCAUCUUGAGACAUAUUGAGACAGGAAUGAGAUGCUGAUAGAGAGCGCGGGGGUUGGAGUUCAGUGGAGAGGACCGGGCGGCCGCAACACCCGGACCGGAUCACAUCCACCUCCAUCCGGGUAUCAGCCUGUUUACGGAACGGAGUCAGCUCACAGCAGUGUUGCCUUAAUAACGCCAUUAUAAUUGCUUAAAUAGCUUUUUAUCAACAUCCAGAUAUUACAGGUAAAUAACAGAGCGAACGUUAAAUUACUCGUCAUUUUAUUACCUUGAAAUACACGAAAUUGUGAGAGCCGGAUGAGUCAAUGUUUGGUGUUGUAACUUAAGUGAUCAUUAUGUUUUUUAUGGAGAGCAAAGAUCAUACCAAAAAUAAUGCCAGGAGGCUAUUUGGAAGCCAUAUCUAAAAAGAAAGAAACACACCAGGAGGGCAUGCAGGAGCAAUGAUUUAUUUGAGCUGUGUGGAGCUGUGCAAGAUGAUCAUUUAGACAAUGUUAUCAUUUAUCUCACCAAUAAUCAUAUUACUCCUCCAAAAUCGUCCCUCAUCUUCUAUCUGUUUGCCUAUCGCUCACACUCUCUUUCACCGGCCGGGACCAAUUGAGACAUCCCAUCCCCUGGGAGUGCAAAAAGGAAAGCAAGAGAAAAUCAAUAGGGAAGAUGAGUGAAGACCUGGGGGUCCCAUCAAAAACGGAAUGCUUCUCCCUGUGCUGGACAAGUGUUUACCCAACCUGGAAGUGCCUGGGAGGCCAACCAAGCGUCAACAGGUCGCACAAAAGCCCCAUUCACCGGUAACUGAACCCCAGACUAACGCUGCCACGUCGAAAUGUUUUCAACAUAGAGCACUGGUCCAAAUGUUUUACUCGGUUUUGUCCAGUGAAGAGGACAGAUAGGGCAAUACACGACAAUGCAGGGAGAAGCUUGUCUAAGCUCCGUAAUCUGACCUCAUGUUAACUUCUUAUCUCGAGACAAUGACUUUUAUCCGACUUAAAGGUGUGCCAUCAUACAGCUUUUAUUACAGUCCUCAGGCCACAUUUCCUGCGAUAUUGCACUACGUGUUGUGAGAGGUUUUUGAUGGGAACUGUACAUUGAAGUCGAUGGGAGCUGGGGCUGACUGGAGAGCAGCUCCCCGGGAAGACAGGCGCUCAGGUUUGUCCCAGCAGCGGAAAUGUGUUGGACCAGUUCUCAGAAAGACCUGCUUCUCGGUGUGUGUGGCCACCGCGGGUUUUGUGCUCCUCCUGGGGGUCAGUCUGCUGUACUUACCGGACCCGUACAAGCCGGAACAGUUUGUCCCCGAGGAGAAACACGCGGUAACGCUCCUGAUAUGGACGCACCCGUUUGGACGGUACCGGAAACUUCCGAACUGCUCUGCUCUUUAUCAGAUCGGCGGGUGCACGCUCACAGACGACGUGCAUGUAUACCCGCAGGCUGACGCGGUGGUCAUCCAUCACCGGGAUGUUGCAACCGGCACCGCUGAUCUGCCACCGGAACCGCGGCCACUAGAACAAAAGUGGGUAUGGAUGAACUACGAGUCCCCCUCGCACACGUCCGGGCUGUGGCGCUUUGAGGGCGUUUAUAACCUCACCAUGACUUACCGGACAGACUCAGACAUCUUCUUGCCGUACGGGUAUUUACUCCCCCGGGGGAGCAAAACCGAGGGUCUCAACGACCGGUUUGCGCACCCGCUCCUCGCCCCCUCGCGCUCACACCUCCUCCGGCCCCGCCUCGUGGCCUGGAUCAUCAGCAACUGGUCUGAGUCCCAUGCGCGCGUGGCCCUCUACCACCAGCUCCGCCGCUACAUCCGGGUGGAUGUGUUCGGGCGAGCUGGCCGGCCUUUACCGGAGGACAGCGGCGGCAGCGUGGUGCGGCUGGUCGGUCGGUACCAGUUCUACCUGGCGCUGGAGAACUCGCAGCACACCGACUACAUCACAGAGAAGCUGUGGAACGCGGUGCGGGCCGGUGCCGUCCCGGUGGUGCUGGGUCCGUCCCGGCAGAACUAUGAGCGCUUUCUGCCCCCCGAGGCCUUCAUUCACGUGGACGACUUCCCCACAGUGCGCGGGCUGGCCCGGUACCUGCUGAUGCUGAGGCGGAACCCGGCCCGGCUGAAGCGGCACCUGGACUGGAGAGGGGACUACAGCCUGCACCAGCCCGCCUUCUGGGCCGAACACUACUGCACUGUCUGCAGGGCGGUGAGGAGGACCAGAGGCAGGGCAGACUCGGUCCAAGACCUGACACGAUGGUUCCACUCGUGACAAUCAUGAGAGACUCUGAAACAGUGGGAUUCACUGCCCACCUGUAGCUGUCAAAGUUUACAACAUGCCUGUAUUUAUCAGCAACCAUUAUUGUUUGGGAAACUGUUUAUUUUAACUUUUUGAAUGAUUGUCUUUCUUGAUAGGGAUGAUGCAAUUUAACACAAUUCCAUUAAAGAGUUUUACACUGAUUUUCCGCACAGAGAAUGUAUAGCUAUUGCUAAUUUUCCACUUGUCUCAUGGGUUUUUACUCGCACAUUGUAUAGUUAAAUAUAGGCAACAGCUUUCACUUUCAAUCAUAACACUGAAAUGCAGUUAUGUUGUAUAAUGAUAUUGUUUGACAGAUUUUGAGAAGCUGGUUUAUCACAGUAAAUAAUGUUAUGUUAUUAGUUAUAUGGUGCUACAAGACUGACUAAUAAUUAAGGUGAUACAAUUUUCUUAUGCAAUUUGUCAAUCUUGGCACAAACUUCUACGCAGAAUUGCAAUGGAAAUCAGGGCCUGAAUGGUUGAAUGAAACACAUUGUCUUAAAAGUGGUCAUAAAUAAUAUCAAGAAAAUAUAAUUUCAUAUUAUAAAAUCAAGUAUGUUCAACGAGUGUAUGAUUGAGAUAAUGAAUGUAUUCAGGGUGUGAGUAUUUGAUUCAGUGAGGCAUUAUUGAGACAAUCUCCAAAGUACAUUAUGAGGGGUUAGCACAAAGCCAUGUUAAUCAUCUUGGAUCUGCUUUGCUAUUAGCUUAUCACCAUACAUGGCCGAUGCCUGUGCCAAGCAUCCCUAAAAUAGCAUUCUGUUUCUGCACAUCAUUGACCGCUUCAUUGCAGCGCUGGACUGAAUGACCUUAUUAAAGGUGUUGACAAUAUGUAUAAAUGCAGCUGUGUCUUUGUUGUGGCAUAUAGGUGCUGGAUCAUACUGUGCUUAUUCCAGCUUGCGAAGGGCUAAUUACAUGGGUGGAAUAAGGUCUUGAAAAUAUGAAAUGCAAGUCUCCUUUAAUAAUAAUCCAAGUACCUGACAAUGAACCUGAUGAAGAUCUGCAUGAGUCACAACACAUUGCUUAUUUUAUAUACACACUGCAAUGUAAAAAAAAGACAUUUUAAUACUGCAUAAACCCUGAAAUAUGCCUUGGAUCUUUUUUAAGGAGACUUUUUAUAUGUGUUAUGUACUGUAGACCCUAAAGGUGUUGUUAGACCCCAAACCUUUUUUUCAGUGCUGUUCAUGCCUCUUGUAGACUUGUUAGAGAGAAAGACAGCUGUACGAACACACAUCUUCUACUGUUUCAUUAAACGUUUCUAUUUACACAGCCA